GUGUUGGUAUAAAUUGCCUCUCACUACAUAUUCCCUGCCUGUUCUCUGAACUUUGAGACAGCCGCAAGCAUCACUCUGAGAUAUGCAAUAGACUGGAAAUUAAACAAAGCACCUCUUUAGUUAAACACUUCACAAGACUCUUUCUACAACCGGACAACAUGGAUUUUCACCAUCUAUUGAGUAAAUCGUGCAAAAAAACGAUGUCCUCCCCGAGAUUACUCUUCAUUCUGUCGUUUUUAAUGUACACAUAUCACGGAGCAAUGGCAGAGACUCUGUGCGGUGGAGAACUGGUGGACACUCUGCAGUUCGUGUGUGGAGACGACGGUUUUUAUUUUGACAGGCCAAACAGAUCAAACAGCCGGCGUCCACAGAGUGGAAUCGUGGAGGAAUGCUGCUUUCGGAGCUGCGAUCUGCGUCUGCUGCAGAAAUACUGUGCGAAUCCUGUGAAGUCAGAGCGAGAUGUUUCCUCCACCUCACUGCAACUCUUCCCAGUGUCACAGGCUCUUCACAAGGAUAUCUCAAGAAAGCCUCUUGGUGUAAAGUAUACCAAAUAUGAAGUUUGGCAAAGAAAAGCUGCCCAGAGAUUAAGAAGAGGGGUCCCUUCCAUCCUGCUUGCCAAAAAGUUCAGGAGAGAGGUGGUGUUAGUUCAAGAAAAGGAGCAAGUAGAUUUACACAGACCCCUCAUUUCCCUUCCAAACAGGCAUCCUUCCAUACAUGCAGGUAAACACUUGCCAAAAGCCAUGGCUUCUUAAGUGACGACAAGCAAGGGAUCGUACCCAGGUGUUGGUCAGUAGAGGCACUUUUUUCAAGAAUCAUGCCACUCACCGUCUUUGUCAAAACCAGACUAUGAACACUCUGUGUUACCACAUUCCAAAACGGCAGAAGUAAACACUGAAAGUGAAUGUAUUGAGGUAGUCCGUGCGAAAGGAGAGAUGACUGCAGUGUUUGUGAACAUCAUGGGGAUAACCAGAACAGAUACUGAGGAACUUGCUAGAAUGCACAUGUCAGCAGCCUGCGAAAGCAACUAUGUUUCUGUUUUGCUUGCACCCUUUCUCGAAUGUCUUGUUUUUAAUAUUAGAGUCCUUUAUCUGCACCUUUAAAGUGUCACCCUGUGGCAUAAAAACAGAAGAAACGAACUAAACGAUGGCUGGCCGUUUAAAGCCAAGGACUGAUGUUAACAGCACUAUUUUUAUGAACUGCUAAAUAUGAUGACAUUAUGGUGCUACCUUCGCAAAUGGACUCAAAAGGAGUUCGCUAAAGAGUUUUUUCCGUUUUAGGAAAAAACGAGACCGUAUUCAAAAGACUGUUAAAUAAGAAAGACUGCAUGUUCGGCAAGGAUCACAACCAUGGAAAAACUUUGUCCGGGAUUGGCUCUUCAAAAUCAAUAAUCCGGAGAAUUAAUGUGAAGGCCUUUGCUAUCAAAUGAGAUAGCGUUGCAAGGGAAGCCAGGAAACAUCAAAAAAUAUUAAAGCUAAGGACAUCUGCAACCAAGUUAUCUUGGACUUUGGGCAAGAGCAGUCUUGCAUCUUUUAAGGUGUCACAUACUUGUACCAUAACAUUCCUAUUUCCACUUUGAGUCUCUGACAUUUUCUCUUUGCAAUGUGUCUUCACUGUUAUUUAGACAGCAUUUUACAUUUAUACAAAAUAACAAAACAAUCUUUUAAAGGGAAAAAAAUCAGCAAUAACGUCUUGCAUAUUUUCAACAUACAAAUGUAGUAUUCCAGUGCUUUUGCUUGAAAAGAAAUACUUGAAUAUGUAUGAAUAGUCUCAUUGACCCUUGUAUGACCAGUCUUGCAAAUUGAGCCACCAAACAUUUUCUCUAAGUAAUGGCACUGAAUCAAGGCAUUAUUUAUUUUGAUAUAAAACCCAUCCGAAGAUCAGUCCCAAUGAGAGAUUACAUGCACAAAUGGCAAUGUUUUGUAUAUUAUUUUAUUUUAGUUGUUCUACUAUUGUAUGUAGAUGCUAUGUACCAAAAAUGUUAUGUCUACUUUUUUAAGUAAAGACCAUGGAAGCU